AUGUGUGGCAACAGGUUCUGUGUUUUCAACAACCAGGCCAUUGUGAAUAACCCAAAAGUUCCAGAGCUUCUGAAGGCUAUAGAGGAGAUGAAUAAAGCAACAAAAAGCUGCUUUUCCCUGGAGAUGUACUUCGAGGCACAGCUGGCGAGGAUGGUUCGAGAUAUAAAGGGCACAUCACUGCUCAGCGAUGAGCGCAGAAUCUCACGGUUGACUGCAUCGAAGGCGGACGACAGGUGGAGGAAGAUGAAGACAGAGGAGAGGGAUUUGGCUCUAGCAGAGUGGAGUACCUCAGUGAGCUUUGCAGCUCAGAGAUCUGACUGUCUGAGGAUAGUGCUCGUGGGGAAGACAGGAAAUGGGAGAAGUGCCACAGGAAACACCAUUCUGCAGAGGAAGGAGUUCCUGUCUCAGCCCAGUCCAACACCAGUGACUACCUGCUGUAAGAAAGGAGUAGGGGAAGUAGCUGGCAGGCGUGUUGCUGUAGUUGACACACCAGGUCUCUUUGACACAUCUACUAAUGAGGAGUUCCAGCAGGAAAUCGCCAAAUGCAUCUCCUAUUUGGCCCCAGGACCUCAUGUGUUUCUCCUGGUGCUACAGAUUGGGAGAAUCACAAAGGAGGAGAAGGAGACAUGGCAGCUCAUUAAGAGUACCUUUGGUAAAAUGGCUGAAGAGUUUACCAUAGUCAUGUUCACAAAAGGGGAUGAUCUUCAAAAUACAUCCAUUGAAAGUUACAUUCAAAGCGGUGAUGCUACAAUCCAGAGUCUGAUUUGUGAUUGUGGAAAUAGGUAUCAUGUCUUCAAUAAUAAUGACAUGACAAACAUCACCCAAGUCUCUAAGCUGCUGGAUAAGAUAGACACGAUGAAGAAGAAGAAUGGAGGAGGCUGCUACACCAAUGAGAUGUUCCAGGAGGCAGAAAUGACCAUAAAGAAAGAAUGUGAGAGAAUACUGAGAGAGAGAGCGGGAGAGAUGCGGAGGGAGAGAGAGAAGCUGCAGGCAAAACAUGAAGAGGAGAUGAAAGAGAUGAAGAGAAGGAUGGAAGAGCAGAGACUUAAAGAACAGGAAGAAAGAAACCAUCGGGAAAAAGAGCUAAAAGAAAAAGAAGAACAUUUAAGGAAAGAGCGUGAGGAAAAAGAGGAGGUAGAGGUGGAACGGAAGCAAAAAGAAGAGCAAGAAAGAAAAGAGUGGGAUGAGAAACAAAAGGAAAUGAGGAAUGAGUUUGAAAAAGAAAGAGAACAAGAAAGACAAAAGAGAGAAAAAGAAAGGAGAGAUCAAGAGGAAAUAAUGGAGAGGAAUCUUGGAGAAAAAAAGCAGCUGAAAAAACAACAAGAGGAAUGGGACAAGGAACGAAAAGAGGAGAGAGCGAGACAAGAUAAAGAGGAUGAGCAGAGAAGAGAGGAGGAAAGAAAAAGGCUGGCAAAGCUGCAGGAGGAAUUUGACAAAGAACGAGAAGAAAAGGGACAGAAGAGAAAGAAGGAAGAUCAGGUGAGGAAAGAAAGUGAAGAGAAAGAAUGUAAAGAAAUUGAGGAAGACUACAAAACAAAAAUGAAUGAAAUGAAGAGUAAAUAUGAAGAAGAGGCUAGAAAACAAGCAGAGGAAUUUAAUGACAUCAAGGAGAAGCACAAACAAGAGUUUCUGGUCUUAACAGGCCCUGGCAGAGGCAGUGUGCAGAUGAAGGGAGUGCAGAAGGUGGAUGUGUGGACAUUGCUGCAGGUUACCCAGGCUCUGGGGGCAGUGCUGGGCACCUGCUUCGGGCCCUCCGGGGGGCAGGUCUUCUUCACCUGUGACACUGGAGACGUCCUGAUCACCAGGGACGGCCAGCAUAUCCUGAGCUCCCUCCGGCUCGACCAUCCCAUCGCCAGAGUCCUGGUGGAGUGUGUAUCAGCACACUGUGAUAUCACGGGCAAUGGGGCCAAGUCCUUCCUUCUCCUGCUGGGGGCGCUGCUGUGGGCACACAGACCUCUAUCCAUAUACGUCCAGGAAGCGGCGGCCCAGGUACAACUGCCUGGGCAGGCUCAGUACGGCCCCCGCUUCCUGGAGGCCCAGGGGCACUUCCUGGGGCCCUCAGGGGCCGAACCCCCCGGCCAGGCGGCUCGGGGGCUGGAGUCCCUGGCCUGUAAAUACCAGCUCCUCCUCUCCGUACUGCACACGCUCACAAGCCUGCUGUCCAUUGAUCUCAUCCUGCACUCCCACGUCAGCAGCCAGGAGGAACCUAGCGAGGAAGAGGACGAGGGCGAAGAAGGGCAUGGGGAUUGA